CAUUAAAGGCGCCUUUGUUUUUCUUUUCAGGUUGUUAGCCCUAGCGGCCCUGUCCGGCUCGUGCCUGGCGGCGGUGGACAUGGUGAUGCUGUGGGGGGCGUCAGGCACGUCCAAGAUCACGUCCUCGACCCUGGCGUGGGUCACGGGCUCCGACAAGAUCCCCGAGGAGGCCGUGCCCGUCGACCCGUCCAGCCCCGCCGGCCCCCACUGGUGUAGGGCGAGGCACCGCGCCCUCCAGGUCCCGGGGGUCCUAAGGGACGGCGGCGUGUGCACCAUCCCCUUCCUGAAGCGGAUCUUCAAGCUGGACAAGUACGACGUCCUCGUCUCGAUUAAUGGCUCCGCGCGACUCCACCUGAUGCCGUGGGACAAGUACACCGCCAAACCCGAUAACGCCCUGCUGUCCCCGGACUUGAUGCUGGCCUUCGACUCCUCCCCCGACGCCCCCCUGAUGCCCGGGCACGUGGGCCCCGGCCGCAGGGAUCGGCGGGCCUUCCUGCUGGACGGGGACAGCAUCCGCAGGGUGGAGAAGGCCUACAUCCUGGUCGAGGAGGAGCCAGCCAGGUACUCGCUCAACGACAUCGUCCUCGACGCCUCCCACCAGACCAUCAACGACAGUCGGGUCCACCUGAAGAAGGUCACGCUCGAGAACACGGGGGAGGAACCCGUGAACGCGUCGCGCCUGGUGACCAUCGACGUCCUGGAGAGGCAGUACUGGGGCCGCGUGAAGGGCACGGUCACGGCGCUGUCGUCCACCGUGACCUCCCCCGAGGACGCCCCCGUCGCCAUGCCCUCGCCCAACGCGCCCGUCGACCUCAUGUGGGGCAUUGACAACGAGCUGGGCCGAGUCGACACGCAGAUGCUGGUCCACGAGCUCCCUCCCGGCGUUGGCGUCGAAGUCGACUUGGAAGGCACGAUGAGGCACUACGAGGCACCCUACAGUGGCACUCUCACCGCCUUCUACGCCGACGGGAGCAGCCACAAGCGAGGCAUCGUCUCCCUGCACACCCACGAGGCGCUGGUGGGCGUCACGGCCAACUACCGACGCUACUACUACAUCCACAACGGCACCGACGUCGACCUCCCCGAAUCCGCCGAUCUGCUGUACGAACUGACCACCACGACCACCACCACCACCACGACCACCACCACGACCACCACCACAACGACCACGACCACCACCACCACCACCACCACACCACCUCCCACCACCACCACCCCGGAGCCGACCACAGAGCCUCCCACCGAGCCGCCGACAGAAGCCAUGCGCCUGCAAGCUCUCCAAGGACACCGACUCGGAGGCGCGCCGAACGCAGCCGGAAGCCGAGGCCGACGACAACAACCAGGCCGUGACAGCGAGGCCGGCUGACAGGCUACUCUCAGCCGUCGCGUCGAUCGUCACAACGCUCAUCCUCCGAUACUACUCGACUUUCCCCGUCAUGUGAGCGGCGAUUCUUCGCUCGCGUCGCCGCCUUGUACAUUUGUAGGUUUAAGGGAAAAAAAAAAAA